AUGAAUUUCAUCAUAUUGAUUAUAAUCAUAUAUAUAUUAACAAAUUUUGUUGAAUCAACUCAUUUCUAUGGUGGAACUAUAACAUGGAAACCUACGGAUAAUACAACAACUGGUUCAACACUUCCUAUCAUCUUUACACAAUCAUAUCAAUGGCGACAAUCAGGUCCUCUCACAUAUUGUAAUCAAUCUUAUGUUUUAAAUCAUUCACCUCAAAUUCCAACAGGAAUUAGUAAACUAAUAUGUCUUACAUCUAAUAGUUCUUGUGGUGGUUAUAAUGCACUUAAUAUCAGUGGAUAUUGUACUGACUUCAGUACAAUUCUUGAUUUAAGUUCAAGUCAAAUUUCAACAGUUCAAAAUAUAACAAUUGGUUCGAAGUUCUGUAUUGCAUUUCAAGGCGCAACUUGGAUUGGUCUACAAACAGUCAAUUGUGUAACAAGUGCUUCUACUACUUCGAAUACUACUACUAUAUCAACAACAACUCUCUCUAGUUGUUAUAAUAGUGCUCCUAGAUGGUCGAUCGGUUGUUGUCUUGAUUUAUCAAUUAGAUUAGAUGGAUUAAUUAAUACACCACCUGUUACAAAUAUUAUCUCGCCUAUAAAUGUACUUGUUGAUACUGAAACAAAUAUUAAAAUUCCAGUGAUCGAUGCUAACAAUGAUGUUAUACGUUGUCGUUGGGCUCAAAACACAUCAUUACUUGAUGAAUGUGGUGAUGUCUGUGGAAUAGCACCUGCUAGUACACUCAACAGCAAUGAUUGUAUAUUAACAUUUAAUAGUACAGGCACUAUUGUUGGACAAUAUUAUCCAAUUACUUUGAUGAUUGAAGAUUAUUAUAGAGAAUCAUCAUAUUUACCAUAUAGUAGUAUUCCUCUACAGUUUUUAAUUAAAAUCAUUAAUAAACCUAAUUGCUUUACAAAACCGAUGGUUAGUUCCAAUUUAUCAAAUUGCACUCCUAUUAGUGUUGGAGUUGAAUUUAAUUUUACAUUAACAAUCCAACAAGGUUGUUCGAAUAUAACAAUAGUAGAUCUAUUUAGAACAUCACCAUUAAAUAUGUAUAAAAAUGAUUUAAUACAAGUUGGAUCGACUAAUAUAUGGAUUAUUACUGAAACAUGGAUACCAACUAUUGAUCAAAUUGGAUCUCAGGUUUAUUGUGCUAUUGCAACUGAUAGUAAUAAUAUACAAUCAGAUCAAUACUGCACAACAUUUACAGUUUUACCCGUUGGACAAACACUUAAUUGUCCAACCGAUUUUAUACUAAAUAGAACGACAACAACUACAAAUACAACUACAACAUCAGUUACAAUGUUGACUUUUGUAACAACAACAGUAGCAUCAUCAACAUCAAUGAUAGGAACAGUUUAUGUAAAUGACAAUUCUGGAUUAAAUAGUUUAAAUCUUGGACUUAUUCUUGGUUUCGGUUUACCAUUAUUAUUAUUAUUAAUUGCUUUGUCAUUAUAUUGCUGUUGUUGUCAACAUUGUCAAUUUUUCAGUGGCAAAUCUUUUCGUCGAUAUUUAAAACGUGAUCAAAAUGUUGAUCAACAGGAUAAUUUACCUGAUUAUCGUCAUCAAUAUAUAAAUGAUAAUAAUAUUGUUGAGAAAAAAUAUCAAUUAAAUUAUUCGAACAAAAUUCAAUCAUUUACAAAAGAAAAUUCCCAUACAUCACUGUCACUUUCUGAUGUUCAAACAAAUUAUAUGAAUAUAACAAAAACAUCAUUUCUUUCACCUUCGUCCUACAGUCUUCCAACUAUUGACGUUCCAUAUACAAGAUAUAAUUCAUCAUCAACUACAAAAUCAAUGCAAAAUGAUUCUAUUCUUAUGCGUGAUUAUUCUAUACAACAGAAGAGACACAGUCUUUACACAUCAUAA